UUUGAAUUGCUCAACGGGAGGGAUUGUUGUUGUCAAAAUUUAAAGGGGAGACGGGAUUCCGAAGAGCUUUCAAACCUUCAUGUCUUUAUAUCUUAAAUACCAAGUGGGGAAAAAUAUAUACAGAUUGAGUAUUUGACUUCCUCGGAAAAGAACGAGCAGUGCAAGAAGCGACCGCUGAGCAGAGUGCCGAUUUCGUGGAAGCAGCAUGAGCUCAAAGGGGGGAGGAACAGCCCUGUCCCGCCGGAACUACCGCUUGGCCGUGGACACGGAUAAGCCCAGAGUGACGGGUAUUGUGAAUGAGAAGCUGCUCAGUGACUACCUGCACCACGUCUUCCCUCCUUCGGGCAAACCGGGACAGUCUUCAGCUUCUCUUCGGAAACCUCUCACCUUUCAGGACCUUCCUGCUCACCUGGAGAAGCUGCUGUCUGAGGGGGUGCCGUUGGAGGAUGGAAGAGAUAUGCCUAUGGACGGCCGUCUUGGCCCGUCCACCGUCGUCCUGGAUCACACCACUGGCUUUGAGGGACUCCUCUUUGUGGACGAUGACCUUUUAGGGGUCAUUGGUCACAGCAACUUCAGCUCCAUAAGGGCCACUACCUGUGUCUUCAAAGGAAAGUGGAUCUACGAGGUCCUCAUCUCUUCGCAGGGGCUGAUGCAGAUAGGUUGGUGCACUUUGGACUGCAGGUUCAACCAGGAGGAAGGAGUUGGAGAUACGCCAGACUCGUAUGCCUACGACGGGAACCGGGUGCGCAAGUGGAAUGUCACUACCACUAACUACGGCAAGUCCUGGGCAGCUGGGGACAUUGUAAGCUGCCUGAUAGACCUAGAUGAUGGGACCAUCACAUUUUACCUGAACGGCCAGUCCCUCGGCAUCGCCUUCAGUAACAUUAAGAUGGGUCCGGGCAUCGCCUACUUCCCAGCCAUUAGCCUCUCCUUCAAAGAAUCGGUAGCAUUCAACUUUGGCAGCCGUCCACUGCGAUACCCCGUGGAAGGCUACUCCCCUCUGCAGAACCCACCUACUGGUGACCUCCUCAAAGCUAACAGGCUACUGGGAUACAUCAAGACUGUCGUAUCCACCACGAUCGAUACACAGGAGGGGAAGCUGUUGGAGAAAGACCGCUCAGUCUGGCAACUGCAGGGGGAGCCCACCGUCUUGGUCACGCUGGCCCACAUCUUCAACUACUUUGCCCCUCUUAUGUGUAAGGUCUACCUUGUGGAGGAUGUUCUCAUGAACUUCCUGCUCAGCAUCCUGGAAGGAGGAGGCUCUGUGGAUGAGCAUCCUCUAAUCCAGCAGCUCCUGGACCUCUUCUGGCUUCUCAUGGAGGACUACGAGGUGCAUGAGUGCCUGAAGCAGCUGAUGAUGUCUUUGCUGAGGGCCUACAGGUUUUCCCCCAUCAUCCCGGAUCUGGGCUUCCAGAUCCACUAUUUGCGCUUGACGACAGCUAUUCUUUGCCAUGAAAAAUCUCGGAAGUAUCUCCUCAGCAAUGUUUUAUUUGAUGUCCUGCGCUCCGUGGUCUUCUUCUACAUCAAGACCCCGCUGCGGGUGAAGGAGGCUGGCCUGGAGGAGCUCAUCCCCACCACUUGGUGGCCCACACGCUUUGACAAGGAGGGGAAGGACGAGCGGGAGCUUCGGGAGGAAAGCGCAGAGGAGAGGCUGAGGCGUCGGGCGUAUGAGAGAGGCUGCCUGAGGCUGAAGAAGAGGAUUGAGGUGGUGGAAGAGCUGCAGAUCCAGAUCCUGAAGCUGAUGCUGAACAACAAGGACAAGGGGACGGGGGAGGCCUCACGGUAUAUAUUCCUGAACAAAUUCCGCAAGUUCCUUCAGGAGAACGCCAGCAACAGAGGGAAUCCCACGGUGCUCUGUCCUCCUGAGUACAUGGUGUGCUUCCUCCACCGGCUGAUCACCGCCGUCAGGAGCUGCUGGGACGAGGGCAAGAGGAAGGUUGCGGGCAGCAUCUCCAGCGAAGAGGGUUAUGUUCCGCCACAAUUAUUUUACAACGGGAAGGUGGACUAUUUCGACCUUCAACGCCUGGGGGGUCUGCUGUCUCACCUAAAGAAAACCCUGAAAGAUGAUUUGGCCUCCAAAGCCAACAUCAUCAUUGACCCCGCUGAGAUCCAGGCCGCUUCCAUGGAUGACCUGGAUGAGGACGACGAAAGCGGAAUAGCCCAGCAGCGGCCGUUGGGUGCGGUGGCCACAGGGGGAGCUCUGGCUCGGCCCAGUUGGCUGAGCUCCCCGACGCUGGGUAGAGCCAACCGCUUCCUUAGCACCGCUGCAGUCAGCCUCAUGACCCCUCGCCGCCCUCUGGGGCCCCCAGAAAAGGUCAAAGUUCGUACCUUAGCUGUUGAGCAGAGAACAGAGGAGGACAUUGAGGGAAGCCAUGGUAACGAUGGGCUGUUGCUGGGGCGACCGCCAGAAGAACCCGAGCAGCCAAUCACGGAGAAGUCCUUGCUAGAGCUUCUGGAUGGCAUCGUGAUGAUGUAUAACUUAAGUGUUCACCAGCAGCUGGGGAAGAUGGUUGUUGUCUCGGAUGACGUCCGUGAGUAUGCGGUGGCCCUCAAAGACACAGAGGAGAAAAUAGCUCGCUGCCCAAGCAAGAGGUCAGACAUCUUAGAGGAGUUGAAGAAGAGCCAGAAGGUCUUCUUAGAGAAGCUGAACCACCUGAGCCGGAGACUUGCUUGGAUCAAUGCCACCAUUUACUCCAAGGAGAAGAUGCUGGACAUCUACUGGCUCCUGAGGGUCUGCAUCCGGACCACUGAGCAUGCGGACAACACUGGUUCCCUCUUCGCCUUCACCCCCGAGUUCUACCUCAACGUGGCUAUGAAUAGCUACAGCGCUCUCAAAAACUACUUCAGCCCAUUCAACAGCAUGGAGGACCUGCCAGGGUACGAGGACACCCUGACGCAGCUCGCUGCCAUACUGGCCAAGCACUUUGCAGACUCUCGCAUCGUGGGCACAGACAUCAAAGACUCCCUCAUGCAGGCCCUCGCUAGUUAUGUGUGUUACCCACAAUCCCUCAGGGCAGUGGAGAGGAUCCCAGAGGAGCAGCGCAUGGAUAUGAUGAGGAACCUGCUGGCCCCCUACGAGCAGCGGCCCUGGGCCCAGACCAACUGGAUCCUGGUGCGGCUGUGGAGGGGUUGUGGCUUUGGGUACAGGUACACGCGACUGCCGCACUUGCUGAAGACCAAACCAGAAGAUGCCAACCUCCCCAGCCUGCAGAAGCCCUGCCCGUCCCUUCUGCUCCAGAAGCACAUGGCCGAGCUCCUCAGCCUCGAUAAGGACAUGGCGGCUAGCUUCCUGAACAGCGUGCUCAAUCAGCUCAACUGGGCCUUCUCGGAGUUCAUCGGCAUGAUUCAGGAGAUCCAGCAGGCGGCUGAGCGGCCGGAGAGGAACUUCGUGGACACCCGGCAGCUGAAGGUGUGCGCCACGUGCUUCGACCUAUCAGUGAGCCUCCUCCGCGUGCUGGAGAUGACGGUGACCUUGGUGCCCGAGAUUUUCUUCGACUGGGCCCGCCCCUCGGCUGAGCUGCUCCUCCGCCGAUUGGCUCAGCUUUUAAACCAGGUGCUGAAUCGUGUGACCGCGGAGAGGAACCUUUUCGACCGUGUGGUUAACCUGCGUCUCCCAGGGCUAGAAAGCGUGGACCACUACCCGAUCCUGGUGGCAGUGACGGGCAUCCUGGUGCGCAUCCUGGUGGACUGCGAGAGGCAGUGGGUGUCUCGUGCCUCCUCGGUGUUGCUGUCUGACCCCUGCUUCCAGCUGAACUCCAUCCGGCACCUCCUGGGAGAGAGUGAACCGCCCAUCUCUGGGGCUGCCCCGGGCCCCUCUGAGCGCAAGCACUUCUCCCUGCACGCCUACACUGACUACAUCAGCGUGGAGGAGGCUCAGAAGGUUGAGCACAUGCUGGCUUUCUUGACGGAGGAGUCCAAGCAAGCGGCGGCCAGCACAGCUGUGAGUAACCGGUGGAGCUGGGUGCGCUAUAUAUGGUGUAUAGACCGGAAGCUACGGUUUUUAGUGGUAGAGGAUCCUAGCCCCAGUUCUCCUACUGCGUCCCUGGAGGAACAGACCAGCGCCUCUCUGCAUCAGGCUACAUGGCACCGCGACUCAGGCCGUGCAGCCGCUGCGCUGGAGGCUCAUAUGGAUGCGCUGGCUUGA